AUGGGGAAAGAACACGAAAUUGAAGUAAAGUUGAAAGUAAAGAAAGAUGAGUGUGAGAGUGAAUCCACUUCAACUAAAGCUAAAGCUAGUAAGGAAGCAAAUGAAGAGAAAGAAGAUAAAAAGAAAAUAGAAGAGAAAUAUGUGCCUCCUGCAUCGGAGAUUUUAUCAAAUAAAAGAAGGUUGAAAGAUUAUGAAACUAUUGCACUUACUGAGGAGUGCAGUUCUAUAUUACAGAACAAGCUCCCACCUAAGCUGAAAGAUCCUGGAAGUUUUUUCAUACCAUGUCACAUUGGAGAAACAAGUAUUGAGAGAGCAUUAUGUGACUUGGUGGCUAGUGUUAGCUUAAUGCCACUUUCCAUUUGUGAGAAGUUAAAGAUUGGAGAUCUAAAGCUCACAACUAUUUCUUUGCAGUUAGCUGACAGAUCUAUAAAGUAUCCAGAUGAGAUUUUAGAGAAUGUGCCAUUAAAAGUUGGGAAGUUUUUCAUUACAGUGGAUUUUAUUAUACUAGAGAUGGAGGAGGAUGUAAGAACACCCAUCAUACUUGGAAGGCCAUUUUUAGCCACUGCAUGA